AUGAAUAGGCCACUUCGUCGAUUCAACCCAAUGAUUAGUGCUUUCCGAAGAGCUCCUUUAUCGUUUGAACUCACCACCACGUAUACAGGAAAACAGAAAAUGGUUCUGAUUGCCCGGACAGCUGAUGGUGACGAUGUAGCCCGAGCUCAUCCGUUUGCUCAAGACUUGCAAGCGAUGGGAAGAGUGAUUGUGGUGUCAGUGGAAUUUGAUGUGAGUAGUCUAGCAGUGCUGGCCUCUGAUGAUGCGGCUUUUGAAUGGAAUGACCCAAUGAGUCCCUAUCCGCUCAUCGAUUUCUGGAAUACGCAACUUAGUAAA